UACCCUACUUGAUUAAAGGCACUUAUAAAAAUAGAAGCCUUCAUGUUUACAAACUGAAUGCUCGAUUUUUUUAUAUUUUUUUUUAUUUUUUAAUGUUGUUGUCUUCAGAGAGGAUUCAAGCUCUUAAAGAAUUGUAGCGAACAACUGGUAGGGAUUAAACAAGCUAUUUGGGUUAUAUGAGCAGGAUAGGGAAGUGGGGUAGGCCUAUGCCUUUCAUUCUUUUUUCUUUUUUUUUGUUUUUACAUUACAGUUUGCAAUUGAGAUUAACAUGAUGUAGCACUGUUUAAAUAAAUAGGCAAGUCUCAGGUUGCUUUGAGGAUUUGUAUAUCUAUUCAUGCGGUUUAAUAAAAAAUGCCCAUAAGGUGUUUUUUAAGUCUGUUGCUGCUGUGUCAUUUCCUAUUUCAUUCAGAUGCCGAUUGCUUUGGUUAAUGGGCUAUCUAGCACCUUUUUCUAAUGCAAGCGGGGAGUUCCAAGGCCAUUUUCAUGGCCAAACCACCUGGGAGCUACCUAAACAUAGAAGGCUAAACGGAACAGUUGGGGGUCUAGGGAAAGAAACAGCAACACAGAGUUUUAAUCGUAGGCGUGGUGUUAAUAUUCACAACGGAGUCCCGUUGUUAAACUCCCACAGAGCAAGUACUGUAUGUUGUAUUUCUCUAAUCAGAAACGUGUAUGUAACGUUAACCUAAGCUCGUUCUCUCACACACAAUGUAUUGCAAUGAUAGUGUGAUACAUUUUACGUCUAAAUUACUUUUCCCACAUUCUUACUGCUUUAUUACAUUUUAAUGAAGAUCCUGUUGUGAAUUGAAAAUAUUCUGUUAAUGUUGUUUAAAAAUAGGUUUAGAACUGAUAGAAUUCAAUUGUAAUAGGCUGCCAGGCUACAUUCAGACUCGCGCACUACUUUAGUUAUGUAACAUGUAGGCUAUGCUUCCAGAACAAACGUUAAUGAAACGGUCAUUUUAAAAAGUACGUUGGAUUUGAGUAAUAUUGCUCUCCUUUCUAAGUUAAAUAUGUAAUUAGAAAUGUAACAUUUACCACCUAAUUGGUAUUAUAUCGAAAAUGACCUUCCAUUUUAACAUAAAUGGAAAACACGGAGCACCAUCAUUAGUAUGUGUAUUUAGCACCUCCUAGUCUGUGACCGGAUGAGCUGGUGUUUCCUUCACGCUGCCCAUUGUCUCUCCUCAUUACCUUUUCGUUUCUGAGUUUACAGUCUGAUAGGCCCUGGACACUUUUGCAGAGGCAGGGACUGAAGACCCACCCCUUAUAAAAAACCUGUGCCACGCAAAGACCUGACAUUCUCUGUUUUGGAACUGAUAGAAAAGCUAUAAAAAGACAAUUAUAGAGGCAAUACAAGAGGACGGAGUUUUGGUCCGCUAUUUGCGAUUUGCUAUCAUUGGUUUUAUCCAAGAAAGCUGUAAAUCUCCACCACCAUGACCCUGUCAGAAGAUUGUUCAGUUCCUCAAGCAUUCAUGCCUCUUGUCGAGGAUGAAAUUGACAUUAUCGUGGAAGAUGACUUGCACAAUUGCCUACUUCGGGACGCAUACUUGCUCCAACAGAGUUGCGCUGAGGAGAAUGCUUCAGCGGAGUCUAGCGGCGAGUUAGAAGGUUGUGAGAUCGAUUCCUCUGGAGAAAGCGAGAGCAGUUUCAGCGCUGAAAUCCACUCAGGUAGCAGAGUCAAAAACAACUUGGUGAAGCCUCCCUACUCGUACAUCGCUUUGAUAACCAUGGCUAUCCUGCAAAGCCAACAGAAGAAGUUGACACUGAGUGGAAUAUGUGACUUUAUCAGCAACAAAUUCCCUUACUACAAGGAAAAGUUCCCCGCUUGGCAAAACUCAAUCAGGCACAACUUAUCACUCAAUGACUGCUUCAUAAAGAUUCCAAGGGAACCUGGCAACCCAGGUAAAGGCAACUACUGGUCCCUGGACCCCGCAUCAGAAGACAUGUUUGACAACGGUAGCUUUCUCAGGAGAAGAAAACGAUUUAAGAGGCACCAGCCAGAGUUUGUCAAAGACGGACUUAUGUUUUAUCCUAAUUUUAGUUGUUACCGACCAUAUGGACGACCAUAUGCUAUACAGAACACCCAAGCAUCAGUUCAACAAACUUCAAUGAGAUAUAUGCCAGUUGAAGAAAGAGUCAUGCUGUCGCAUCCUCAGUUGCCGUACCGGGAUUUAAACUGCAGAAGGGCGCCCAGCACCAGUGCACCCCACGUGCAGCUGAGUGCGCCCGCGUCGGAACUUAAACCGACCAAUACCACCCAAACCAAAUGCUCCUUCAGCAUCGACAGUAUAAUAGGCAAGACGUCUUCCUCUUUCGUGCAAACUACUCAUUUACAGGCGUCCUUGGAUUAUUCGCAUCUCCUGCAAAGAUCUGCGGGUUGCUUCCUUCCAACAAUAUUGUCUCCUGCGCCAAGAGCUGUGUUUAACCCCACUGCUACUGUGAUAGGCGCAAUCCCGCCCAGGGACCAGUUACAACUCUCGUACCCGCAUUGCUAA